AUGAUGCAAUCCAUCGACCAACCUCUCUCAGGGGUUGUGACCAUGAAACGUACCUCAUCAACACCCUCCUCUCCCUUUCCAUCAUCAUCAUCCACUCAACAACUUCACUACAAACUCGUCAAACACUCACAAGAUAUCAAAAAGAGUGCCUUUUUAUCAUGGAAGAAGAUUCCUCUCUCACUCUUCUCUCAUCCGAAUACAUUGGCCAUCAUGAAGAAGAAAGAUCCAGCCCAUUCUCGUAAAUCUACACUCAUGCUCGAUGCUCAAUAUACUCAAGUGAAGCUAUUGACCAAUGAAAGUAUCAACAAGAAACAUCCACAUUGUUUUUCAAUUAAAUCACACAUUGAAGGAAAGCACAAGGAAGAAGAAUGGAUCUUGGAGUGUUCGUCUCGUGCCGAAUGUGAGGAAUGGGUAGAGUCCAUCAAGAAAUUGAUGAAUCGAGGAGUAGGAGGAGGAGCAGGUGUGAAUAAUGGAGGUUCUGCUGGUGUUCCUACUAAUCAUUUGGAUACAACAACGACAAAUCAUUUGGAUACACAACAAGGUAUCGUGGUACCAGAAUUUCAACACUCAUCAACAACUGUGGUGGUACAAUCGUCAUCAUCAUCAUCGGUGGUACCAAACGCAACAACCGCAACAAACACCACAUAUAAUACUUCUUCCUCAUUGAAAGUCGAAGAAUUAAAGAAGAGUGUCAUCAAUAGCAGUACCGAAUCAACAACGACCAAUACACCAUCAACAGCUCCACAAGAAUCAACAUCGGAAAAUAUCGUUGCUGCUUCGUCUUCUUUACCACUCAAAGCAGAGGAAGAUUUGGAACCCAUUCAACCAGCAAACCAAUUGGAUGACGAAUUAUAUCCCAUUGAACCAGCUCAACUGGAUGAUGACUUAGACCCUAUUGAGCCAGCGAAAUUGGACGAAGAUGAAGAGGAAGAACCUGCAUUUGUGUUACAAAAUGCAGUGGCCAAGAAAGUAGUUGAGGAAGAUCAUGCCAUGGAUCAUGAAAAUCAACAAUUAUCUUCUUCACAUCAUGGUAAAAAGAAGACUGUUUUGAAAAAUGAGGAUUCUGAUGAUGAUGACAUUAUUGUAACAAAGAAGAAACAACCUUCAUCCUCUUCUACUUCUCCUUCAGCAACUAAAUCCACCCCUAACCAUUCGCAAACCACAACCAAUACUUCAACAAGUACGACGAGUAAGCAUGAAUCAUCCACUUCUUCUUCGAUGGGUGGUCCUCCGAAUAAGGCCAAAAAAACUGUAUUGAAAGAUGACGAUUCUUCUUCUGAUGAGGAGAAUGACAAAGUUGUGAAAAAAACAAGUAGUAGUAGUACCACCACACCUUCACCAUCCGGUGGUCCUCCAAACAAGUCAAAAAAGACAAUUCUCAAAGAUGAAAGCGAUGACGACGAUGAUGACGCUCCUAAAACGAUUACAUCUUCUGGAGCACCUCCAAAGAGAAGCACAGAAAAUUCUCAACCCAAGACAGAAGAGAAUGAACAAGAUGACAAUAAUACCAUCAUAAGAAAACCUUCAAGUCAAAACGCUUCAUCGAAUAGCUUGAAAUCUGCAAACUCAUCCAUUGUUGAGGUGAAUAUUAUGGAUCCACUCUUUGAACUUUCUGAGGAUGAAAAAGAUGAGGACGAUCGAGAUGAUGACGAUGAUUAUGAUGUUGACAAUGAAGAAGGUGAGGCCAUCUCAUCACUUUCUCAACUCAUUGAGGAGUUGGAAUAUAACUCGAAUUGCAGAGCUAAGGCAAUGAAAUGUGCAAAAUAUUUACAUUCACAUUUUGUGAAAAAUAAGAAACAAUUGAUUGACGAUCUUCUCCACCAUGAAGGUUUACAAUCGUGUAUUUGUAUGAUUAAUGACAAUACUAAGAGCUAUUCCAUUGUAUCAACAGGACUGUCCAUUUGUGUGGAAGUUAUUGAAAGUACAGCUCCAAACAAUGAGCAGUACAAGGCACUCAUGAGAUUAACUGGUUGCAUGAGUGCAUGCAUCGAUAUUAUUAAGAGACAUUAUCGCAAAUUUUUGAAGAGAAUGACAUUGAAUAAUCAGAGCAAGACUUCUACAACCACUCAUGUGGAACAUGUUCGUGUCAUUUCUUUGGCUGUACAAGUGUUGGGAAUGUUGAGCGAGAAGCCAAGUGAUCAUGUGAAUGAGCUGCUUACUCAACUGGAAAAUAUGAUCAAGCAAUGUGAUGAAGUUAUUUCCAAAGUUUAUACUCUCAAGCAACUCACGUUGAGUUAUGAAUUGUCACGAAACAUGUUCAUUUUGUUGAAUAAUAUUUGUUUGCACAAUAUUGAAUCUUUGAAAACCAUCAGUAGGAAACAAGGAGCGUUUGACAUUAUGAUCAAAUUCGUCGUUUAUCACUAUGGAGUAUCAAUUCCAAACAAGAUCAAUGACGAUGAGAAUGCGAUUAUUAUUCCAUUGACCAAGUUUGUGACAUUGACAGGAAAGGACACUUCAAAAAUUGCUAAAAUGGAAUUGGCCAAAUCCAUGGUCAUGCAAGGAGGUGUGUCUUCACUACUUUCUGCAUCAUCCAAAACAAAUACCUCCGUAACGCGAUCAUCCAAUAUUCAGCAAUAUAUUACAAAAAUAUUUGUAGAAUUAUCAGACUCUUCCCCUCUCAUUAUGAAAUCAUUCAAGAAUAUCGUUCAGUUGAAUUUAAAGAAUAAGGAAUUGGUGACAAACACACUCAAUGUCAUUCACACCAUUUACAGAAACAAAUCAGAUACAGAUGCAAGAGAAAAGCUGAUACAAGUGUUAGCCACAGAAUUUGGAAGUCUCUUUUUUGCUGCUCUCUCAAAAUAUGCCGAUGAUGGUUGGGUGGUUUCAUUUUGUGUUGAAUUCUUGUAUGAAAUUGAAAAGUAUUAUCCAAGUGUUCUAGAAAAAGCAUGGAGUGAAACAUCUGCGGAUCAACAAUUAUCUUCACAAACAGUCUAUACACACGUUCGAACCCUUAUACUCUCAUUGAGCGAGUUCAACGAUAAUGAACUCUAUGAAAUGAUGAUGAGUUUAUUCUUGAAACAUUUAGAGAAUGAUCCAAAGAGUGCAGGAACACAAUUCGCAAGCACAUUCGGUUUCCAUGUUGCCCUACUCGAUAUUAUUCAACGAUCUACAACACCUCACAUUUUGACAUUGACUCUUCAUGUAUUGUCUCUUGUGAUACCACACACUCAAUUCAAAAUGAAACGAAGUUCCAUUGAGAAGGACAAUCGUCAAUUAUUGGUUGAAAAUAUUCUCUCCAAGGAUAUUCGUGAGAAAUUAAUUUCUUCAUGUUUUUCCAAGUUGAAAGACGCGACGAAUAUGGAAAAAGAAGGAUGUAUCUUUUUAUGUUCCAUAUUGCAAGGAAUUGCUCAACAUUAUGAGACUUUCAAAGUGAGUGUUGAUGAUAUGAAAUCACUUGUGAAAUGCACUCAAACAUUCACACAUAGUGAUCAUGAUGGAGAAUUGAGCUUGUCCUUAUUGAAACUUGUUGCGCAAUUGAAUGAGCUGGAUUCAAACGCAACCAUUUUACAAAAGUCUGGUUGUGUUGAUUUGUGCAAAAAGCUGGUACAAUUACAUGGUGACCGCAAUAAGGAAGUGAAGGAAUUUGCAAAGAAUCAGUUGUCCACGUUGUUGUAA